CUCUUUACUUCGGAAACCAUCAUUCAGAAAGUGAAACUAAAGUUUUGCUGGAGCUCAAACAGUGAAAAUGGAUUCACUAGCUGAAUAUGAUUAUAACUGUCCCGUGUGCUGUGAAAUCUUUAAGGAUCCUGUUCUUUUAUCAUGUAGUCACACUUUCUGUAAAGAGUGUCUUCAAAAGUUCUGGAGAACCAAGGAAACUCAAGAGUGUCCUCUCUGCAGGAGAAGAUCCUCGAGAGAUGAUCCUCCAUGUAACCGUGUGUUAAAAAACUUGUGUGAGUCAUUUCUGAAGGAGAGAAAUGAGAGGCAUUCAUCAGGAUCUGAGGAGAUCUGCAGUUUACACAGUGAGAAACUCAAACUCUUCUGUCUGGAGGACAAACAGCCUGUGUGUUUAGUGUGCAGAGAUUCACAACAACACGACAAUCAUAAAUUCAGACCAAUAAGUGAAGUGGUUUCAUCAUACAAGGAAGAGCUCAAAACAGCUCUGAAGUCCUUACAAGGGAAACUUAAAUACAAAGAAAACAUUAAAGGAAAAUUUGAAGAAAUGGUUCAACACAUCAUGUCUGAAGCUGAGCACACAGAGCGUCAGAUUAAACAGCAGUUUGAGAAGCUUCAUCAGUUUCUCAGAGAUGAAGAAGAAGCUACAAUCACUGCACUGAGGGAGGAGGAGGAGGGGAGUUACUUGGGCAACCUGCCCUUCAGAGUCUGGAAGAAGAUGCAGGACAUCGUCCAAAACACUCCUGUGAUUCUGGAUCCAAAAACUACAAAUCCAUGGCUCGUCCUGUCUGAUGAUCUGACCAGUGUGAGAUAUGGGAACAAACAACCGCUUCCUCAUAAUCCAGAGAGAUUUGACUAUUAUUCUUGUGUUCUGGGCUCAGAGGGUUUUAACUCAGGAACAAACAGCUGGGAUGUGGAGGUUAAAGAGAGUCGAUGCUGGAGUCUUGGAGUAACUACUGCAUCUAACCAAAGGAAGGGAUGCGAUUUCUUUGACAGUGAUGUCUGGAGUGUGGAGCAUGGUUCUUCUGUAAGGUCUGGUUUUCAUCUUGAGCAGAACCUUAAGCAUGUGAGAGUAUAUCUGGACUAUGAUGGAGGAACAGUGUCAUUCUCUGAUCCUGUAACUAACACACAUCUACACACAUACGCAACCACCUUCACUGACACUGUCUUUCCAUUCUUCUGUUGUUAUAGUUUAUUCCCUCUGAGGAUUUUACCACUGAAUAUUCAGUAAUCGUUACAACUGUAGGUCUAGAUCUUCCUGCUUUCAUCAAGUUUUCAAUAUUUAAUCCAUAUCACACGAGUAAGAGUGCUGUUGAUCUGAAUAUCAGUAUGGCUGUGAUUGGGCCGCAGCUGAUCAUGUGACUGAUAUCUGAUCACAUGACUGAUAUCCAGCAGUACAGACACACUCUCAAAUCACUGUUAGACAACAGAUUAGAUCAGAUCAUUUCAGUCCACUUAAUGAUUUUAACUGUAAAAAUAAAUAAAUAAAAAUCUUCAUUAUAAUAACCCUUCCCUCAUCAGCUUUACUUACUGAGUUUAUCUGGCCUGACCGGCAUACACUGCCCGAUUUUGAGCCGAAUUCUGACUCGUGCGACUCUAAACUUUGCGACAUUAAAUUGUGGUCGCCUCUCGUAAGAGUAUCGCACAGUUGAAGCAGAGCUACGAACCGAUUGCCCUGAACUCAGUGCUUUUUCCCUCACCGCGCCUGCACAAAAACAGAAAUUAAACCAUUUCAUCUUUAAUGUAGCAAGAAAGAAAACGAAAAGAGGAAGAUCUUUAUAAGUUCAGUCGCUAUCAAAUAGCUGCAAUUUAGUAUACUGCUGCUUACCUCCAGUUCACAUUGCAGAAUGGACAAAACAUAUGUUAACGUCUUCCAAGCCAACUGCACGUCUAUAUACUCUGACUCCUCUUUUAUUAAUUUACUUA